UCGCCGACGUCGACGUCGUCAUCGGCAUUCAGUAGUGUUUACGUGUUUGAGAACGGUGCUGGUUGUGUAGUGCUCGAUCGUAUUUUCCCACCGGUGUGUGUCGAAAGUUCGUAUCACGAGUGUAUUCGACGAAUUCGGAAAAUAAAAAAUUCCCCAAAUGUGCCAUCCUCAUUCGCCGAUCACUUCUAUAGUUGGAAAAUUUUUCAGUUAUUUUGCACGAAAGUGAAUUAGUGACGUGAGAAUUUUUUUCAACCGAAAGUUCGAUUAUUUUACUGGUGACGGAUGAUUUUCAAAUCAACAUUGUCAGAAUCACUCCUCGUCGUCGAGCCAACGAUGAUUUCAACCUGCAGGAUCAAUAGUAUUUUCCAUACGCGAUCGAAUGUCACGUAACGAGAUGAAAAAUAUUAUCCGUUUUGGUGUAGCAUCGCAUCGAAUCACAUCGAACCGAAUCUAGUUCUAGAGUCGAUAACAAUGAUGAUAAGAGAGUGUUACGUCUUGUUAUUUUCAAUGAAGUUUUUCUGACUCAUACGCGCGUUGGGUGUUUGAAUAGGGAACUAGCUAAUAGCUAUAGUAGUGCCACUAUAAUAUCGAAGUAAAUAAUAUACAAACAAACGUGCUACUGUGAAAGCUGUGAUCGUUCGUGUGCUUUUUUUUUCUUCUCUUUCUCUUUCGUAAAUUUUCGUUCCUAUUAAAUAGUAUAUAAAUUUUAUAUGAAACUGCCUGCCGGAGAAAUGCAUUCGUCCGGCGGAUAUCCGGCUGCGGUCGAUAUGACAGUGGCGGUGCAAACGGCGUCUGCCAUUAUUGGAAAGUCGCCUUCGGUUUCGAUGAUCAAUCAUAGUUGGUUCUCUUCGCUAAAAAGACCGCUAAGGAAAAAGUUCAGUAAAUCGCAUAGCAAAGAGAAACAAUCGGCUGAGUAUGCUAAUCAUCAUCAGCACUAUUCCUCGCUAAACUCAAAGUCCAAAUCUGUCUGGGAUAUUCCGCAACUCAAAGAUGAACUCAACGAAGUGGUCUCCGAAAUGGAAAAUAUGGAAUCGGCCGAUGACAGCAAAAACCAGACUAAAGCUAAACAAAUGUCGAUUGGAAGGAAGAAGUUCAAUAUGGAUCCGAAAAAAGGUAUCGAAUAUUUAGUAGAGCACGGUCUGCUGCAACAUACCCAAGAGGAUGUGGCCGCCUUCCUGUAUAAAGGAGAAGGACUGAAUAAAACCGCCAUCGGCGACUACCUCGGCGAACGAAAUGAAUUCAACGAGAAAGUUCUGAAAGCCUUUGUAGAUUUACACGAUUUCACCGAUUUGAUUCUUGUACAAGCUUUAAGACAAUUCCUAUGGAGUUUUCGAUUACCAGGAGAAGCGCAGAAGAUUGAUCGUAUGAUGGAAUGUUUUGCUCAGAGAUACUGCCAGUUAAAUCCAAAUAUUUUUACAAAUACUGAUACGUGUUACGUGUUAUCAUUCGCCAUUAUAAUGCUCAAUACCAGUUUACACAAUCCAAGCGUAAAGGAUAAGCCUACCGUAGAACAAUUUAUUUCCAUGAAUAGGGGUAUCAACGAUGGCGGCGAUUUACCCCGAGAACUUCUAGUCAGUUUAUACGAAAGUAUUAAAACAGAACCGUUCAAGAUACCAGAGGACGAUGGUAACGAUUUAAUGCACACUUUCUUCAAUCCAGAUAAAGAAGGCUGGCUGUGGAAACAAGGUGGACGUUACAAAAGCUGGAAACGUCGAUGGUUCAUAUUGAACGAUAACUGUUUGUAUUAUUUCGAGUACACGACGGACAAAGAGCCGAGAGGUAUCAUUCCAUUGGAGAAUAUUCAAGUGCGAGAAGCAUCGGAUAGAAAUAAACCGCAUUGUUUCGAGUUAUACGCGACCGCAUCCGAAUUCAUCAAAGCUUGCAAAACCGAUAGCGAAGGCAAAGUUGUCGAAGGCAAACAUACCGUAUAUAGAAUGUCAGCUGCAACCAAAGAAGAAAAAGAAGAAUGGAUCAAAUGCAUAAGGCAAAGCAUCAGUCACAAUCCGUUCUACGAUAUGUUAGCAGCGCGCAAGAAGAAAGCUCAAAAAAAUUCGCACCAUCAUUUCAAAAGUUAGUGACUACAGAAAUACGAAACGGCAUUUCUGUGACGACAGCCGUUUUCAGUUAAACAACAUGGAGUGCCUUAUCUCUUUUCAACUUUCGUCGAAUUGAUAAUUAUUAUUACUACUUUUUUUUAUACGAUGUUUUUAUGUAUACCUAUUCAUUGUUUUAUCGCCGUAAGUUUUUUUCCAAUAUCCCCUCCCCCACCCCCACCCCCUCUCUCAUCCCUCCCAGUUUCGAUUCUUCGAUUCAAGCAUCCGCGUUUUAAUUGGUGGAAAAAAACAGAAAUGAGAGACCCUAAUAGUACGAAUAUUGUCGUUCAAGUGCAAACCUAUCUGGUCGAUUGUUUGAGUAUUUUUUUUUUCGAAAAUAUUUUUCAAUGGUCCAGAUUUGGAAACUUGUCGUGUGAUCGAAGAUGGGGCUAUUUUUGUUGUUGUUUUUUCUAUCUGUGGAACUGAUGAAUAGCGUCGAACGCUCAGUGCACUUUGAAAGAUUUUCGGGUUCAUUUAAAAUGAAUAAAUCGAAUCAGUCUUUUUAAAAGAUUUGGGUUUUUGAAGAAAAAAAUAGAAUAAAAAAAUGGCCAUCUCGAUGAUUACAAAUCGUACUCUUUAAAAGUGAAAUUAAUUUUUUUUUUUUUAAAGGAAAAAUGUAUUAUAGCUUGGAAAUUUUACGAAUUUUUUGUUUUCUAAGGUCUCAAUUUUUCUACUUCACACCUUGCGUUGUUAGGUUCGUGUGCUGCAAAGCUUAAUUAAGUAUAUUUUUAUCAAAGUGAUUCGUCGUCGCUCUCGCAGCUGCGACGAUUUUUCCAUUUUAAUAAGUCGUACAAAAGUAUCGUGUCCUGUUUGCUAUAUAGAGAGACGAUUAAGGAUAAUUUUAUUUUCGAAAAAUAAUGUGAUAAUCUUACGUUAAUUUUUAGCCUGCAGUAUCGUUGCUCUACGAAUAAAUUAAAAAAUACCUAAUUUUUAAAGAAAAAAAUAGAAACAAAAUAUACGUCGUCGCGUGGGCGUGGUUUUUUUUCCACGAUGCUUUUUUUUAUAAUAUAAAUAGACAAUAUAAGUGUAUAAUUUCGUUGCGAAAAAAAUGUGAUAUUUUUGUUAUUAUGUAUUUUGUUUUUUUUCUCUUUCUUUCUUCUUUUUUAAAUAAUACCUAAUUCGUCGUGUGUAAAUAGACAUUUUUCAUUUUUUAAUUCAGGUGUAAAUCGGUUACUUAGUACACAUUGAACGCUUAUCCGUGGUACAUUUUUUAUUUUAUUGUUUUAUGACGUGUGCUUUUUAAUUUUUUUUUUUUUUAAUUCGGUUCUCGAGUCUAUACAAUGUGGCGCGUUGUUACGUAAUGAAAAAUAUAUUGUAUGUACAUUCGUUCUUAUAAAUAUUAUUAUGCAGAUCUCUAUUUUGUUGUCAAUUUUUCUUUUUUUUUUCUUUGUCGUUCGUUAAGUGACUGGUUAUAUCGUAUUAUGUUUUUCUCGUGUAUUUUUUUUUCUCUUUUUGUGUUAUUUUUUGUAACGAAUGUCACUACUUGUCUGUUCAUUGUACAGGUUUAUUAUUUUUUUUUUAUAAUUAUUAUUUUAUUUCCAUUUUUUGAAAAAAAAUAUAACUGUGUAAAUCACAAAAUAGCGAAAUGUAUUAUCAUGUUUACCAAAGUUUAUAUCAAGUCGGUACUUUUAGUUGAAAAUAAAUUUCUUAUUUGAAAUAUUAA